CCCGGGGCUCCCCUGCAGGCUGUCCCUGAGCCCCAGGAGCAGGACCCGCGCCUCUGGGCCUGGCCUGGGCCCCAGGAGGCUGCAGAGCUGCCCACACCUCCGGGGAACGCUGCCGAGUGGCGCCAUGGAGACCCCUGCCCCGAAGCCCCAGGAGACAGCUUUUCCUGGAAAAGAGGACAUGGCCAAGGCACAGGUGACACUGAGGACUUUGCUUUCUGUGCAGGCUCCCAGUCCCAGCCCCUGCGGACACGGCCGCCCUCCCUCUGGGCGUCUCCGGGAACGACGGCCAGACUCACCUGCACCCUGAGCAGGGACAGCGGUGUGGGCGGCUCUAACAUCGACUGGAUCAGGCAGCGGCCAGGGAGCCCUCCCCGGUGUCUGCCGAGGUUCUCCUCAGACUCCGAGAAGCACCAGGGCUCCGGGGUCCCCGGCCGCUUCUCGGGCUGCAAAGACGCCUCGGCCAAGGCGGGGCUUCUGCGCAUCUCGGGGCUGCAGGCCGAGGCCGAGGCGGACUCUCACUGGGCUACAGCUCACGGCAGUGGGCGCAGCUACCGCUCCUCACAGCCUCUCAGAGAAGGAGGAGGUGAGACGAAAACCAGAGACCUUGUCUCUGAGCCUCUUUUAUUGAGAGGCUCCUGUAGGGGAGACUCCUCUGUGGGGAGACCUGUCCUUGAGGAGGAAGGACAGACACACAGAUUAGGCUGUCGCCUGAGCCGGCACAGGUGUCCCAGUGACGUAAGAAAGAGCGUGAGGGUCGAAGCCAAUGGCAAAGAAAGAAUUCUUGGGCCAUCUUUGGUUCAAAAAAAGUAGUUUCAUUAAAGCAUGGGGACGGGACCCGUGGGCAGAAGGAGCUGCACCGGGGUCGGGAGGAGCGGCCCAUUACGGACUUUCAAGUCGGGAGGGGGUUAGGGAUAGUGUAAGUCUCCGAGGAAUUUUGGAAGCAAGGCUUCCAGGACCUUGAGUGGGCUAGCUAUUGUUGGGAAAAGGUCAUGUAUUACCGUCUAAUAAACCCUUAGACGUGAGACCCCUCAGUUGUAUAUCGGUGGGCCAUAUGCUUGGGGGAUGAUUGCCAACACGUCU